AUGGAUAACGGUAAACAGUAUACAAUGGCAUUAGUAUUAUAUCAAGAAGGUGUACAAAUACUCAUUGACUCUAUGAAAGAUCCAAUUAGGCAAAAACAUUUUGCUACCAAGACAUCACAAUAUUUGGACAGAGCAGAAAAAAUAAAAAUUUUAAUUGACCAUCAAAAGGCAAUUGGUACAUACAGAGAAUUAAUUAAAAUUGAAACUGGUAGUACUGGAUAUGGCUAUGGUACUGUUUUUGGAAGAUUUUUAGAUGCAUCAGUUACAUAUAUUAACAUUGAAGAUCCUUAUAUAAGAGCAUUUCAUCAGUGUCAAAAUUUGGUAAGAUUUUGUGAAUUGGCUGUGAGAAAGUGUCAUGCAUUGUCUAAGAUAUCUUUAAUUACAACUUUUGCUCCAGAUGACAAGCAAAAUCAAAUAGCGAGAUUGGUGGAAUUAAAACAAAGUUUAUCAUCUCAUCUUAUUACUUUUGAAUUUAAAUUUUCUGAUAGUUUACAUGAUAGACAAAUAAUAUUUAGCAAUGGAUGGGUGAUUAAGAUUGGCCGUGGGUUAGAUUAUUUCAAAGCACCUAAUGGAAAGUUUAUGUUAGGUGCUUGUGAUCUUGAACUAAGACCUUGUUUAGAAACGACUAUAGAUAUAUUUCACAAAAAUCAAUUAAAUAGCAAUUAA